AUGAGCUUAACAUCCUGGUUUUUGGUGAGCAGUGGAGGCACCCGCCAUAGGCUGCCACGAGAAAUGAUUUUUGUUGGAAGAGAUGACUGUGAGCUGAUGUUACAGUCACGAAGCGUGGACAAGCAACAUGCUGUACUUAACUAUGAUGCCUCUACAGAUGAACACUUGGUGAAGGAUUUGGGCAGCUUGAACGGGACAUUUGUGAAUGAUGUGAGGAUUCCAGAACAGACAUACAUCACUCUGAAGUUGGAAGACAAAUUGAGAUUUGGAUAUGAUACUAAUCUUUUUACUGUGGUCAGGGGGGAGAUGAGAGUCCCUGAAGAAGCACUUAAGCAUGAAAAAUUCACAAGCCAACUCCAGUUGUCCCAAAAACCUUCAGAAGCAGAAGGAUCGAAGCAAACCAGCUCCAAAAGCACAGAGCCCAAGGUAACAGACUCCACAGCUGAAGUGCACCACAAAACUACAGAAGCACUGAAAUCUGAAGAGAAAUCAAUGGACCUUUCUGCCAUGCCUCGUGGGACACCUUUGUAUGGACAGCCAGCCUGGUGGGGUGAUGAGGAGGCUGAUGAAAAAAGUGGUUGUAAGCCAGAGAACAAGCAUGAGGAAAAAAUGCAUGAGACAGGGGCUUCAGGAUGCAGUACAGAGGCCAAGCAAGCUGAGGAGCCACCUGCAGCUGCAAGUGAAGAACUUUAUCCUUUCUGUAGGGAGCCAAGUUAUUUUGAAAUCCCUACAAAAGAAUUCCAGCAACCUUCACAGGUAGCAGAAAGCACUAUUUGUGAAAUUCCAACAAAAGACACCCAAAGCUCCCAUGCAGCAGGUGCAGGGCAUGCUUCCUUUACCAUUGAAUUUGAUGACAACACUCCAGGAAAAGUAACAAUCAAAGAUCACGUGACAAAAUUCACAUCGGACCAGCGUCACAAGUCAAAAAAGCCUUCUUCCUCCAGUGGUCAGGACCUGCCUGGGCUUCAGACGGUGAUGAUGGCCGCAGAGAGCAAAGUAGCAGAUUGGCUAGCCCAGAACAAUCCUCCUAGAAUGAUAUGGGAACCAACAGAGGAGGAUUCCAAAAGUAUUAAGAGUGAUGUUCCAGUGUACUUGAAGAGACUGAAAGGGAAUAAGCAUGAUGAUGGUACACAAAGUGAUUCAGAAAAUGCUGGUGCACACCGGCAUUACAGUAAGCGGGCAGCACUUGAAGAACACGUAAGGCAUCAUCUUACAGAGCUGAAAAAGUCACAUCAGAAAGUCCAUUCCACAGAAAAGCAGCAAGAGCAAGCGGGUUUGAGUCAGACUGCCUUUAUGAUUGAGUUUUUUGAUGAAGACCAUCCUCGAAAGAGGCGUUCUUACUCUUUUUCUCAGAAUGUAGGAGCGCUGUGCCCAGAAUCUCCAUCUCCAACGCCUCAUGCGCGAGCUGAGAGAGUGAAACCUAUGUCAGGAGAGAAAGCAGCCCCUUCGUCUGUGCAAGCUAGCUCAUCGCAUCACAGAGCAGUACAUGGUGUUCAUGCUAAACUUCUGAAACAAAGAUCAGAAGAACCCUCUGCUCCAUUACCUGUCUUACAAGCUGCCUUGUUAAGGAGUUCAGGAAGCCUCGGCCAUAGACCUAAUCAGAACCAGGAGAUGGAUAAAAAGUUGAAAAGCCAACAUAUUUCUGCUGCUACUGAAAAGGACAAUGAGGAUGACCAGAGUGACAAAGGUACUUACACUAUUGAGUUGGAAAAUCCCAAUUCUGAAGAAGUGGAAGCUCGCAAAAUGAUUGACAAGGUAUUUGGAGUGGAUGACAGCCAGGAUUAUAAUAGGCCUGUUAUCAACGAGAACCAGAAAGAUUUAGUAAAAGAUUGGGCUAUAAAUUCUGCUACAGUAGUGCUGGAAGAAAAAAGACCACUGAGUACAACUGGAUUUCUUGACACGGAGGAAGGUUCUGCUGCCCCUGGAAGUAAACGUUGGGUGUCACAGUGGGCCAGUUUGGCUGCCAAUCACACACGUCAUGACCAAGAUGACAUCAGAUUGGAGUCAUCUAUGCCCGCUCCAUUAGAAAACGACACAGACAUCAGUGAGUCCGGUAUUUCUGUUAGAAGCACUGGUUCAGCUGCUUCUAUGACCAGCCAAGGUGAGCGAAAGAGGAGGACACUUCCACAGCUUCCCACAGAGGAGAAAGUGAAUGAAAAUUCAAAAGCAAAAACUACAUCUCAUCAGAGAUCAGAAAUAGGUGAAAAGCAGGACACUGAACUUCAGGAGAAAGAAACUCCAGCUCAUGCCUCAGAUGCUGACAGCAGAAGAAUAGCUAAGUCCAGCAGAACAAUGAAUGGUCUUUCGCCCAAAGCUACUGGAGACAAAAUUUUUUCUUUCCCCACCUCUUCCACUAAAGAGAGAGUUGAAACUGGCAGAGAAACUUCUGUGGUGAAGCAAGCUUUAGCAAAAAUUCAACAACAAGAAAGAAAGGAGCAAGGACACUGGACACCCUCAAAAUUAUCCUCUACAAAAUCUGCUGCAAACCAGGUUGAGAAGGGUAGGGAGGAGAUUGCUAUGUCACCCAAAACUUUGGAUAAACAAGACAAAGCUCCUGGACAUGUUACAGAUAAAGCAGAAAUUAAGUUGGCACAGAGUGAAGGAAAAAGAAGAAAAAACGAGGAAACUGUUAAAGGACAAAGUCCUAAAGCACCUGGAGGAGAAAAAAAGGAGUCUUCAAAACCAUUAGUGAGGCAGGGUAGCUUUACUAUAGAUAAGCCUAGCACAAAUAUACCUAUAGAACUUAUUCCUCACAUUAAUAAGCAAAGUGGAUCAGCUGCCCCUUUAGCAUCUGCUAGCAGGAUACGUGACAGAAGUGAUUCAAUGGACACUGAUUCCAGUCUAGAUACAACACUUAUUUUAAAAGACACAGAAGCUGUAAUGGCUUUCCUUGAAGCUAAAUUGCGUGAGGAAAAUAAAACUGAUGAAGGACCUGAGACUCCUAGCUAUAACAGAGAUAAUUCCAUAUCACCUGAAUCAGAUGUAGAUACAGCCAGCACAAUCAGUCUUGUUACCGGUGACACUGAAAGAAAAUCCACGCAGAAGCGGAAGAGCUUUACGACCUUAUAUAAAGACCGAUGUUCCUCUGGUUCCCCUUCAAAGGAUGUUUUAAAAUCUUCUGCAACAAGUGCCAGAGAAAAGAUGGAAAAGAAAACUAAAAGUCGAUCUUCAGAUGGUGGGUCUAGAGCUGAUACUCGCAAAACUGUGCAAUCCAGUGGAAGAAUGAGACAACCGUCAGUAGAUUUGACAGAUGAUGACCAAACUUCUAGCGUACCUCAUUCUGCCAUUUCUGAUAUCUUAUCAUCUGACCAGGAAACCUACUCUGGCAAAUCACAUGGGAGAGUUCCUUUUGCCUCAGCAGAUGAACUCUUGCAUUCCAAAAUGGAAGGGAAGUCAGCCAAAUCAAAAACCUCUCCUGUUGCACUGGGGCAAUCUAGUAAAUCUACCACUCUUCCAAGACCUCGUCCUACAAGGACUUCCCUCUUGCGCAGGGCACGGCUUGGUGAAGCCUCAGAUAGCGAGCUUGCUGAUGCUGAUAAGGCUUCAGUGGCUUCUGAAGUGUCCACUACAAGUUCUACAUCAAAACCUCCAUCAGGGAGGAGAGGUAUUUCCAGAAUAGACGUACUUGCUCAACCUCGCAGAACUCGACUUGGCUCUUUAUCAGCUCGUAGUGAUUCUGAAGCAACAAUAACUAGAAGCACUGCCUCAUCUCGUACCCCAGAAGCUAUUAUCAGAAGUGGUGCAAGGUUAGCAUCAGCAGAUGGCACUAAAGUUGCUGCUAGAACUCGAGCCAAUAGCAUUUCUCGACUCUCAGAUUCAAAAUCCAAAUCUUUGGCUUCAGCUCAUAAUUCUCCCUCAGUAAGUGCAAGAUGGAGGCGCUUUCCUACAGAUUAUGCUUCCACCUCAGAAGAUGAAUUUGGAUCAAACCGUAAUUCCCCUAAACAUACCCGUCUACGUACCUCUCCAGCCCUGAAAACCACACGACUGCAGAGCACUGGGACAGCAGCUCAAAGUAGCAAUACAUUCAAGCACAGAAUAAAGGAACAAGAAGACUACAUUCGUGACUGGACUGCUCACCGAGAAGAAAUAGCAAGGAUCAGUCAAGAUCUGGCUCUCAUCGCACGGGAAAUCAACGAUGUAGCAGGAGAGAUAGAUUCAGUGACUUCAUCAGGCACUGCCCCCAGUACCACAGUAAGCACUGCUGCCACCACCCCUGGCUCUGCCAUAGACACUAGAGAAGAGUUAGUUGACCGACUAUUUGAUGAAAGUCUCAAUUUUAGAAAAAUCCCUCCACUAGUGCAUGCCAAACCACCAGAGGGGAAUAGUCGGCCUAAUGAUGCUCGACCGCAACUAACAGAGGCCCUUGAUCCUCCAACAAUUACCCGGAGAAGGACUUGGAGCAGAGAUGAAGUUAUGGGGGACAGUUUGUUGUUGUCCUCAGUCUUCCAAUUUUCUCGCAAGAUAAGACAAUCCAUAGACAAAACAGCUGGCAAAAUCAGAAUAUUAUUUAAGGACAAAGACAGAAAUUGGGAAGAAAUUGAAAACAAGUUGCGGGCUGAAAGCGAAGUUCCUAUUGUGAAAACAUCAAGCAUGGAAAUAUCAUCUAUCUUACAGGAACUGAAACGAGUUGAGAAACAGCUGCAAG